CUGCUUGUUCAAAAUAUUUAGAAGCCGCGACAGGACAAUCUUGCUCGAUACUCUUCUCUUCUCCUCCCCAAUUCUCCUCUCACAGUUUCAGAAUGAGUUUAGACUCGUCUCGCUCUGCAACCUCCUUACCUCCUAAUUCUAAACGAACUUUCUCUAAUUCUAUAUCUUCCAAUCGCUCCAACGAUAACGGUAACAAGAUCAACAACAAGAACAAAAAAAUCAAGAAGACAACCACUAAUCAGAAAACCCUAGGCGUUGCUUGGGGCUCAAAUUCUCUCCCCUCCUCCUCUCGAAAAUCCGCCUUCUCCGAUUUUGGCAGUUAUAUGACAGACAAGAAUCGUAAACUGCACAACCAGUUUGACGCUGAGGCUUCCACGUCAUCGUUUAGUGGCUCUACUUCUGGGAAGCCUUUAUUCAGCGGAGUUUCAAUUUUUGUUGAUGGUUUCACGGUUCCUUCCAACCAGGAACUCCGGGGCUACAUGCUUAAGUAUGGUGGAAGAUUUGAGAAUUAUUUCUCAAGACAUCGUGUAACACAUAUCAUCUGCAGUAAUCUGCCUGAUAGUAAAGUUAAGAACCUCAGAGCCUUCAGUGCAGGGUUGCCAGUGGUGAAACCCACUUGGAUUUUAGAUUCUGUUGCUGCCAAUAGAAUCUUGAGCUGGGUGCCUUAUCAACUUUACCAGCUUGCUAAUAACCAACCAAAACUGUCAGCCUUCUUCACAUUGAAAAGUCGUAAAAUUCCAGAGGAUGCUUGUACAAAUGCCCUUGGUCAAGUAGUGUCAGAUGUUGAAGAUUCAUCUAUGAGGGUUGGCCAAUCAAAUUCAGAGGAUAGACACUCAUGCAAAGUUGGGGAGAUGAGUGAACUUAAUGGGCAAAUCAGUAUUGAAUCUGAUGAUAUUGUCCCUGAGAAUACUAGUGCAAUUAUGAUGGAAGAGCUGACUAGUGCUAGAGUUAAAUGUGAUGAACAAGAGCAUGCAGGAGGAAGUAAUGCUGCUACUAUAGAAGAGAGAAAUGUCGAAAGUGAACUUGAACCCACUCUUCAAGCACCUUCUACAUCAUUUAGUACUCCUUACUCAGAUGAGCAGAAUAUAAAAGAAUUUCCAAGUUCUUCAGCUACUAGGCCAUCUAAACAGUGUCAUUCAACUCUUGCAGACCCUAAUUUUGUAGAAAAUUAUUUCAAGAGCUCACGACUACACUUUAUAGGAACCUGGCGUAAUCGGUAUCGAAAGCGUUUUCCCAUCUUGUCUACUGGGUUUAACAAUGAAAAUUCUGAUAUCAGUGCCUCUGAUAUUUCUCAUAAUUCAGUCAUUAUGCAUGUUGACAUGGACUGCUUUUUUGUCUCAGUGGUUAUCAGGAACCACCCCGAAUUGUUGAACCAGCCUGUAGCUGUAUGUCAUUCAAAUAAUUCAAAUGGAACUGCUGAAAUUUCCUCUGCAAACUACCCAUCUCGUAGUCAUGGUAUUAGGGCCGGUAUGUUUGUUCGAGAUGCCAAGGCUCUUUGUCCCCAACUUUUAAUCUUUCCCUACAACUUUGAAGCUUACGAGGAAGUAGCUGAUCAGUUUUAUAGUAUAUUGCAUCGGUGUUGCAACAAAGUGCAGGCUGUAAGCUGUGAUGAAGCAUUUUUAGAUGUGACAGAUUCAGAGGUUGAAGAUCCUGAACUUUUAGCUUCAUUAAUUAGAGAAGAGAUCUAUAAGACCACUGGAUGUACAGCGAGUGCUGGUAUUGCUCAAAAUAUGCUUAUGGCUCGAAUUGCUACUAGAAUUGCAAAACCAAAUGGUCAAUAUUACAUAACUACAGAAAAGGUUGAAGAUCAUUUAUGUCAACUCCCAAUUAAUGCACUUCCUGGAAUAGGGUAUGUUUUACAGGAGAAGUUGAAGAAACAGAAUGUUCACACAUGUGGACAAUUGCGCAUGAUUUCCAAGGCUUCACUGCAAAAGGACUAUGGUAUGAAAACAGGAGCAAUGCUGUGGAAUUAUAGCAGAGGAAUUGAUAAUCGGUUAGUUGGGUGCUUUCAGGAAAGUAAGUCUGUUGGUGCUGAUGUAAAUUGGGGUGUGAGAUUCAAUGAUAUAAAAGAUUUAUUCCAGUGUGAACACUUCCUAAUAAACCUAUGCAAGGAGGUCUCAUUACGAUUACAGGGUUAUGGAGUGCAUGGACGCACUUUCACUUUGAAGAUCAAAAAAAGAAGAAAAGAUGCUGAUGAACCUGCAAAGUUUAUGGGCUGUGGGGACUGUGAAAAUUUGAGUCACUCAACAACGAUUCCUCUUGCUACUGAUAAUGUGGAAAUACUCCAAAGAAUAGUAAAGCAGCUGUUUGGAUGUUUUUUCAUAGAUGUUAAGGAGAUUCGAGGUAUUGGCUUGCAUGUUUCCAGACUUGAAAGUGCAGAGGCUUCUAAACAAGGUACAGCAAAAUAUUCUUUGAAAUCAUGGCUCACUCCUGGAUAUGCAAGUAUGGAAAAUCAGAAAUAUCCUAUGGGCCAUGAGAAGCAGAACAUGGGUAGCACUUCCAGUCGUGCAUGUAGAGAUUUGCAAGGGUCUUCAGUUGUAAUGGACAAUAAAAUACCAAAUAACCAAGCUAGUACCGACCCAAUUCCAACACCUCCUCCUUUAUGUAACCUUGAUGUGGAAGUUAUAAGGAAUCUUCCUCCGGAAGUAUUUUCAGAAUUAAAUGAAAUUUACAGAGGGAAGUUAAUUGAUUAUAUUGCUAACAGGAACAACAAAAGUGAGAGUUCUAGCCCUUCAGGAAACUCAUUUUCAGAGCAAGCAAUAAACAAGGAAGAGGAACUUUCUUAUUCCGAGCCAAUUCCUCAAAACAAUCAAUUAUCAAAAAAUAAGGCAAAGCAGUUUGAGGCGGACACAGGCGAAGGUGAAGCAUUGGAUACUCACCAUUCAAGUUUUGAUAAAGAUGAUUUAUUGCCUAAUUCUUUAAGUCAAGUUGAUGGUUCAGUGUUUCAACAAUUGCCCGAGGAUUUGAAAGCUGUCAUUAUUGAGCAGCUUCCUGCGCACAGGAGGCCAGAGAUUUGCUCCAAUGUUGUUGUGGUCCCUCCUCUUGAAAACCAUUCGGUGUCAGUAGGUGUUGAAAUUUCGGAGAGUUUUCCUGGAUCAAAUUAUCGUGACAGUCUAUGGGCUGGGAACCCUCCAAAUUGGGUUGGGAAGUUUAAAGUCAGCAGUUGCUUAAUAUUAAAGAAAUUUGCAGAAAUGUAUCACAAAUCAGGAUUGACUAGCACAUUAUCUUCAAUUUUGCACCAAAUUACAUCUGAGUUGUAUGAGCUAAAUCUAGCCCAGCUGUUUUCUGAUGAAACUGUUAACAUUAUGUGUGAGCUACUGAGGCAGUAUAUCAAAGUGAAGAUAGAAAGAGAUAUUGAAGAAAUUUAUAUUUGUUUUCGGCUUCUAAAAAGGUUUGCAGCAAAGUCCCAGUUUUUCCUACAAGUGUAUAAUAGCGUAUGUCCUUACCUUCAGUUGUCGAUGACAAUUAUGGAGGAACUUUGUUUUUACCAUCAUAGUAGCACUAAAAUGUGAUGUGCUGGUUUAACUGUAUAAGUCAACGAGGUCGGAUCCAAUUCAGCAGUUGCUAUUCACAAGUGAUGUGCUGCAGAGUUUAUGUCCAUUGCACAACAACCGAACAACUUACCUCUUUAUUCUUUGUAUUUUUAUAACAGGCAGUUGCGGCUGGGAAGGGUAGAUUUGGUCAUCUUGGAGAACCAUAAUGAGAAAAUUAAUUGAGAAGCUGAUUCUAUAAUUCACUGCUGCCUGCUUUGCUACAAGAAAGAGGUUUUUUCAGCACAAUCCAAGUAGGAUGCAACAGUGAAAUGGAAGAACUAUAGCUCACUAGACUAUCAAAAGGCAGAAGAUUAAUUAAUUUCUGCUAGUAAGGCACAUGGGGAUUGGGGACCAUACUUUUUUGGGUCUAAUUGGACGUAACUUGAUGGCGACCACUAGGCAUUGACACCGAAGUCCAAAUACCAGACUUAGAAGAGUAAAUACACCUCUUUUCGGAUUGAAGUGUGGAACAAAGAGAUAGGGAGGAAAAAAGAAAAGGCAAAUGGAGAAUUUGGUAGAUGUAAUAAAUCUUGUGAUGGAAAAAAGGAAGAGAGAAAUACAAAGAAAAUGGAUUAAAAAUAAGGUGGAAGAGAGAGUGAAUAUAUUUAUAAAUACUCUCUACAUUGCAUCAGGUUGGAGGCCCUGUGAAGCGGAGAAAUUUGACCCAACAAUUUCAUUCUCCCAAAUAAGGUAGAUACGAAUUUGUUUAUUAAUUUUUUGCUUCAAAGAAUUGUUUAUGUCAGUCAAGAUCAUUGAGAGAUGGCUGACUUUUGAGCUAGUACCCGUGCUUGACUGUAUAGUUCGGCCCAGUAAAGAUAGUGGCAUGCCAAGUACCACCUCCAUGUUUCUUAUUCACCGCAAGAAAUAAAAUAAUUAUAUUAUUGCUGUUGUUA